AUGAGGGGUAAUUUACCGGAUGUGAUAGAAUACAACCAAAAGAGGGAGCCGGCACACCCAACCCUCGGCGACCUCAGAAGCGGCAACGAGUACUCCAAUGAACUCGUCAACCUUUUGGCCGAAAUGUUACACCCGGACCCAGAUUCCCGCGCAAACUGUCAGGAUAUCAUGAACGCUUACGUCGAGAACAGAGAAGUAUGGCUAGAAAUGGCCGAUCCGAACGUAGCGCGUAAUUUCGAAACGUCCAACCUGUGGUUGCAUUGGAGGGAGGGGGAUGGGAAAUGGGGAAUUGGAACAGUAUUUGAAAAUCCUGAGCGUUCUGAGGAUUUCCGGGCAAGAGAGGCUAAGAGACUCAAGAGGAUUGCGGACGAUGUAAGAAAGAGGGCAGAGGAUAAGAAGAAGAAGGAGGAGGAGGAGGAGGAGGAGGAGGACAAGAAGGGCAGUGGAGAUGAUGGAGAUGAUGGAGAUGAUGGAGAUGAAGGCACAGUGAAAAAGCCCAUGACGCCCUCAGAGGCGGGCAAAGUAGCGGGGAAACAUCUCCCAAAGAAGGCGACAGCAUUACCACAGAAAGCAUCGCCGCCAGUGGAUGAAGACAUGGAUGAAGACAUGGAUGAAGAUUGA